CUUACUUCUGAAGAACUAUAAAGGCACAAAAUGGCUGCUGCUGGUGAUAAAGAAGCUGAUACACAUCAUUGCCAUCUAAAAGCUUGUAAACUUGGAGGAACUGUCAACCCAAACAAUGGCAGAGUAGAUGUGCGUGGUUUCACUGUCAAGGCUAAACCAGAAUUCCUGGCAAAUUGGGAUGAUGAUGGUGUAGGAGUGUUUCACAUGGUAUGCUGGGAGCUACUGAAUGACCUAGCCCACAAGUCAGAGGUCACUGAACUUUGCAGUCAGGAGAAGGCUCUUGUACUGGAGGCGGAAGAGACAGCAGAGUUUCAUCAGUCUGUUGAUGCUCUCAUGGCAGACACAACCAGGAUAGCUCUCAUGAUUAAAGAAUGCAAAUAUCCUAUUGCAUUUACAGGUGCCGGGAUCUCAACAUCAGCUGGUAUCGGAGAUUUCCGGGGCAUUCAUGGAAAGUGGACCAACCGUGAUAAAGAAAAGGAGCAUGGAAGUCAGAAGGAAGGAAAAACAAAAGCCAAACGAAAUGUAAUGUCGCUGCGCCCAACAUACACUCAUGAAGCUUUGCUCAAGUUGCUAGAGAUGGGACACCUUCAGUAUAUCAUAAGUCAGAACACUGAUGGUCUUCAUCGUCUGUCUGGUGUGCCAGAGGAUAAAAUCUCAGAACUUCAUGGAAAUGGUUUUGUAGAAAAAUGUGAAAAAUGUAACAAACGUUAUGUGAUGAAUCAUAACCACAGAUUUGGCCCCAAGGACCCUAAAGUGCCUGUGAAGAAAUGUGGACACUGUAGAAUCAAUCACAGGACAGGAAGAAUAUGUCCUGAUCCAAAAUGCAAAGGCUAUUUAAUGAACACCAUUAUAAACUUUGGGGACAACCUUGAAGGAGAGGUACUGGAUAAUGCUGUAGCUAAUGCCAAGAGAGCAGACAUGGUGCUGACCCUAGGAUCAACCCUUAGAGUCUCUCCAGCCAAUAGUCUGGUCACUAUGGGUCAAAAGCCGGUCAAACUUGUCAUCUGCAACAGGCAAACAACACCUUAUGAUGAUGUUUGUGAGAGGAAAGACCCAUCCACCAAAGUACAGCUUGGCUGUCGUGUGUUUGGGGACUGUGAUGACUUGAUGAGAGCAGUCAUGCGACAGGUAGUGGACGCUAGUGAACUUGAGGAGUGGGAACUAGGUCGAGAGGAAAGGAUCAAGUCUUACAAUAGCAAACGAAAGCACUAAAUCUACACGCUGAUCCAAAUUAUUUGUUUUACUGGAAAAUUUGAUUGAGUUUGAUUUGUGUCUAUGGAUGUUUUGUAAUAUGAUUGCCUAUUUUUAGCACCAUUUACAAUUAUUUAAGACUGUAUCGUUUUAUGAUUCAAGCACUCUACCUGUUUAAAAUAAUUAUCAUAUUCAACUUUGAAAGGUAUUUCCCUUUUAAAAGGAAACUAUUGUAUUGCUUUCCAAAUAUAUCAUUUUCAUACACCCAAUACAUGCAUUUAUACGCGUAGAUAUUGAUCAGGAAAAAGACUCAAUAAUUAUGUCUACUGCAGAGGUACACAUAAUUGUAAUUUUAAUGAAGUUAUAACAAAAAUGUGUAGUGAAGGACUACAUUGUGUAACACUGUUUGGUCAUAUGAUCACUACUGUGAUAUCAUCAAUGUAAUGACAUGACCUUUACUGUUUUGUAAUAAGUAUGUUUAAUACAUACUUAGCUAGAAUUUGUCAACUUGUCAGAUUAAUUUCCAGCAUACCUUUCCAUGUAAUAUGAUAUCUCAUUAUGUCAUACAUUUUCAAUGCAUAAGUUAUGUUUUUCAUUAUUGAAUGUGAA